GUCGCCAUGGGAAUAUACCCAUUGUACUGAGCCGUUCCGGGUCGGUCCCGAAGCAGAAAAAGGUUUGGGUCGACACGUGUGUAAACGGCAUUAUACCCGCAUCGAAUGAAGCCUCCCGUGACUUCCCUCAGUAUGGCAAGCGACCAGAUUAUUUCGAAGCUGCUACGAGAAUAUGGAUUGCCCAGAAGUCAUGUCAUCGUCGCUGCUGGCACCCUGGUACCCCGGAUAUUUUGGGGCGGGGUGGGGCGAUCUCUUAAAGUCCGAGCGGGCUAGUCAGGCAAAAAGCAAACCAAACAGGGCAUACCAGCAGAAUGGCAAAAAAUGCCCAUCUCAUUAUUCCAGUAUGCGGCGUGCGAAAUUGGCUCAUGGGCCUCGGGCCUCCUACACGCAUACUUCGGGGCGCGAAAAAACAAGCCUCCGGGCCGGGCUGGCUGGCCUGGCGAGCAGAGGUGGGUCUGAGCAAGCACGAGAAGAGGCGGAAAUAAAACACAGAAGUCGCCCAGCGACAUGGCUGGAACGGAAGCAGAGAGAUCCCGGGGCCGGCGUGGCGCUAACCGGACACAAACACCAAAAAAAGGGCAAUAUUGAAAAGAGCCUCCGGCCCGCGAAGCGCAGGGCCAAAGGCUCCCCGGGCCAAUUUCAGCGCGAGGCCCCAUCGAGCCUGCCCUCACCAAACGAGCCUGCCCUCACCAAACAACAGAGCCCACCACAAGUCGCCAGAACACACCAAAUCAGACAGAACAGCAAACCUGACCUCUCAAAUAGGCCACGCAAACGGGCCACGCAAACGGAAUAAAUCCACGUGGCCCGCGCGGCCGCCCACUCAAUGCCCAAGCCACUAAACAAACCCCCUCCAAAGCCGUCCACGUCUCUUUUUUUGCCCCCCUUCGGUACC